GGCGGCGGCGGCGGCGGCGGCGGCGCGGUGCGGCGCGGUGCGCCAGUCUCACCGCGCGCCCGCCCGGACGCGCCACGCGCCGUGCUAGUCGAGCAGCAGUGCAGUGAGAACCGGUUCGGUGCGGCCGCGAGGACCGAGUGUGCGGCGAGGGGAGAGUGGUGGACAGCCGGCGGCGGCAGUCGGCUCCGUCAGGUGCGGUGGGUAGCUUGGUGUUGGUGUCACCGCGCGGCUGACUCUGUGUGAGAACAUGGCGACCCGCUCACGCUGGGGAGGUGUCGAGACACGACAGUCCGCCUCCGCUGUCCAACAAAAAGUGACGAUCAAGCGCGAGGCGCAGCGCACGUUUCGCGUGAAGGAGCGGCCACGCGCGGCGGAACCGCUCUCAUCGCCACGGUCGGUGCAACAGGUGUUUGGCGGCGAUGUGGACCCGUACCCGCGCGCCUACCAGCGUCUCAAUACUUACAACAAGAGUGACGACUCUGACAGCUCCGGCGGCUGGGAGCGGGACUCCCUGGAGGGCGGAGGGCGGCACCGCGCCGGCCGGCUCGCAAAGUCCGUCACCACGGCCAACCUGCAUGCCGGAGUUCGUGAGGUCCGCGCAAGGUCUCACGGCCUGGCGACAUCACGUUCUUCAACCUCCAUCAACGAGGCAGGCGUGCAGAAACCGCGCACCAAGACGAACAAUAUCGACCGACUGGUGGACCGGCUGUCGAAGCCCCAGAAGCGCGAGCCCCGCUCGGGUUCGACCGAGGCCGGCCACAGGCGCCGUUCGGAUGCCUCAGGUCGCACGGAGCGUGUCUCUCCGGCCCGGAGACCGCCGGGUGUUGAGUUCCGGCGCUCGAACACGUUUGAUCUCGACGAUGAACCAGAGGAGGACACUCUGCGGGUCCGCCGCAGGGAGAAGAAGCCGGCCACGCCGCGCGGCAGGGCUCAGCUCGCCACGCCGCCGUGCGACUUCCAGCGCUCAAACACGUUUGAGAAGGACGUGGAUGAGCCGAUGGGAGGGCGUGGCUCGGACGCUCCCUCCGUCGCCUGGCCGACCAAUGUCGAGCCGGAGGACGAGGAUGCCUCCGUGUUCCAGGUGAACACGCGCCGCGGCCCGGAGCCCGUGAAACCCGCCCACGCGGUGGGAACCUUCACUCGGCGCAAGAAGACAGAGCGAGUCAGCGGCGGCGGUAGCAGUCGGUGGUCGGUCUACUCAGAUGAUGGCCGGGAAGAUCCAGCCAGUCUCCGAAAGUCUACCGAAAACAUGACGUCUCUGUUCGCUCGGGCCGGUCUGGGCGGCCGAGACAAGACGUUUAUGUCGUCCACUCCUGACCUGUCCUUCACGGCGAGCCGUGACACCCAGUUCCCGAGUGGCAGGAAGGAGCGCACCCGUGCCAAGGAGUCGCCUGACUCCAGCGUGUCUAGUGUCUUCUCACGGAAAACUCGUGAUGUUACGUUUGAUGAGAGCCCAGCUGUCCGAGAUCGUACGCCUCGGGGCGGUCGAGAUAACUUUGAUGAGAUCCUGGAGCGCGCUUCCCGCAGGCGUCGGCCGUCAGCCGGGUCGACUGGAGGAGAGUCCGCCUCCGUUCGGCGGGGGUCAUUCAGCAUCGACAGACCGGCUGCUGAGCCCGGACAGAGUCCCUACCGCAGCGUAUUCGCCGAGGACUCCGGCGACCUGUCCCGUGUCAAAUCUUUCCCACACGUGCCCAAACUCCGCGAGGAACGUCGCGAACCAGCAGCACGUGGUUUUGGAGCACCAGAAUCAGCUGGUCGCGGGGACGGCUACAGCCGCCACUUCCGCGGCAUCUUCAACAAGGCGCGCCGGGACAGUGAUGAGUCGGACAACUCUGGCAAGGACACGGGCUUCAGCAGUGGACGCUCCAACAGCCCACGUGACUCGAUGCCACCAGACUCGCUCUCCCGCCGCGGCAGCCGGCCGGGCGGCACGCGGCCCGCCGGCAGGCUGUUCGACCGAGAGGCCACCAUCAGUCCAACGCGCUCACAGCGCUCCAGUAGCCCCAACAAGAGCGGAAGCACGACGCCGCGCCGCCAGCCGAGCCCCGACAGGCGGAUGACGCCGUCACCGACCCGCUCGGUGCGAUCGGUGCGCUCUGCAGCUCGCUCGGCCGGCAGUCCUGAGCGGCCCGGCAGCUCCCGGCGUGCCUCUGCGGCCUCCUCCGUCUCAGAAGCAGCCUCCCUGAGGUCCGGUCGGGGCCUGGGAGGCGGGGCGCGCGCGCAGGAGCGGCCGCCUCCAGAGGAGCAGGCGCUGGUGGAGGAGAUCCUGGCGCAGGAGCAGGACUGGAUGCGGGACCUGACGGAGGAGGAGGAGGUGGAGGACGCCCACCGGCCGUCGUCGCGGCUCCGACAGCCACCGUCACUGCCGACACGCGAUAUAGACUCGGACAGCGUCACGGCGCCGGAGCUGGUCUCUGACUCGGAGGCAGAGUUCGACCGGACGCUGGAGGCCGAGUUUGACCGGAUGCAGCUCCACAGCACGCAGCAGGAGGAGAACGUUUCGGCCCACGAGAAGAAGCAGCUCAGCUCGAAGGAGGAGCUGAUCUCGUUCUCGCCGGCCGAGGACACGCUGAAGAAGCGGCCGGUGGCGCCGGUCGGCCCGAGCCAGGCGCCGCCGGACGUGGCCCCGCCGUCACCGUCUCCGUCACCGACCCCGCCCCAGACGGCCUCGUCCGCCCAACUCUCCGGUCAGGAGCAGAAGACUCAGGAGCUCAUGCUCCAGGAGAAGCUGCUGAAGCGUGACCGCGAGAUCAAAAUGCUGCAGGAGACGGUGGCCAAGCUGAAGCAGCAGCUGGCCGCCUCGCAGUCGGCUCAGCAGAGAAUGGCCAAGGUGGUAGAGCGCCACUCGUCAGCGCUGGCACAGCUGGCUGCUAGUAAGGUCCAGCAGGAGAGCCAGCAGUCACAGCAGCUGCAGCGACUGCGAGUCGAGCGCGACGAGGCCCGAGAGGAGGUAGCCAACAUCGAGACCAUGUUCGCCGACCUCCACCGUAAAUACGAGAAGAGUAAGGCGCUGGUGGCGGAGAACCGUCAGAGCAGUGAGCUGGUGUCUGCCGAGCUGGACCACGCGCUGUCGCAGGUGUCGCGGGAGCAGCAGCGGUACGACAUGCUCCAGCAGUACGCUGAGGACACCAUGCAGAGGCUACAAACGGACAUGGAGCUGGAGCAGAAGAGCCAGGAGACGGAGGCGUUGCGGAUGUCGGCGCGGCUCCAGCUGGCUGAAAACAGAGCCACCAAAUUAGAGCGAGAAAACCAGGAGGUGACCGCCAUCUGUGACGAGCUCAUACAGAAAAUGGGAGGUCACCGGUGAUGCCGCGGCUGGCCCGCCGCGACAUCUAUAUUAGUCAAACAGUGCUUGCAUCGUUAGUCGCUAGGUGGCGAGCCGACUGCGAUGCGAAGUGCCUGAAAGACAGCGCCGCAGCGGGCGUGCGCUGUAGCAUCCGUGGUGGUUGCUCUGGUGCAGCAGUCGGGGACGGCAGCUGAGCGCAGAACAGUGUGAACGAUCACCAGACGCUGCCGGUUGAGAAACGCUGCGCUGCUUCGCUGCUGCGCUCGCUCGCGCUGGCUGCUGGCGCCCUCUUGUGAUAGUUUUGCGUGUGCCGGCCGUCCGGCGGGUGGGCAGCUUUGUGAAUGGGCACUGUGAAUGUGAGCGAGGCGCGGCGCGUGGCUCAUUCCUUGUACUCCACGCGCUGAGACGUCGUGGUGCUAUGUCGCGGCUGCCCCGUGCAGCAGCGGAGGUGCUGUGUUGGAAUUGGUGCUAUGCACGGUGGUUUUCUGUUCGCUUGUAUUCGUGUUGUUGAGUGCUAAUUGGUCGGGUCGACUUGGGGGAUGAACACUCAAAAAUAGUUUUGUCGAAAAUGUUGGAAAACAGUUGGAAUUUGAAAGCAGGGUAUUUAAUGUUGUAGGAAGCAGUCUUACUUACCGACAGCUUAUACUGCGCCGUCUUGCGCUAUCGUAUGGACGUUUUAAUAUGAAUCUCACUGGCGCCUGUGUAUCUUUAAGUGCUCGACUAUUUGCUGACAAUAUCGUCUAAUUAUUUGGAUUUGAUUGAGAAACCAAGGUGCCAAGCAUCGUCAAGUAACUUAAAUCCCGUCUUUUUCAGCUGAAAUAUUUUAUCCGUCGUUAUACUGAUGUCGUACACGCGAACCUUGUAUCGCGUUCACGUAUCCUAGAUCAUGACUUGUCUCACUGACUGACUCUAGAAUUUACGUGUAUCCUUAUGUGAGUCAUUGUGAGUCCUGCAUAACGUUAGUCUUGUACCGAACUUUGACUGACCAACGGGCGUGCCCCGCUGCGAACUAAGCUACAUAUGCCUGUCAGGAAGCGACGUAAUGUUACGAUCUUCCUUUGCACAACUGUAGUGAAGGUACGCGUCUGCGUACUACCUAUAACGGCAGUUCGGGUGUGCACUGCCGUGAAGGCAUGUGUCUAUGUUAUAGCUGCGGUGCAGACCGGAAAUACAUGGGUGUACCGAU